GACACUAUUUUGUAUUUCAUACGAAAAAGGCGGUUUGAUAAUGAGAAGAUGUUCACCAACACCUGUGCCAUAUUAGACGUGUUAUUUUGGUCAUCCAUCAAAGGGCGUUAUCCCAUAUGGAGGGCAUCUCGUAGCACAUAUUCAUGUGAUGCGACCCUUUGUAACUAUGUGCGUGGGAGGUCACCCAAACCUAGCGUGUCGUGGCGGAUAUGUGAUUAUGUGUACAUCCCUGUCAACAAUGGAGGCGCGCAUUGGUUGGCAGCAUGUGUGGACUUGAAGGCCCGGCAUAUUGAUUUAUACGAUCCAAAUAUGGGAAAUAAAUAUGUCCAGAAUAGAGAGUUGAAGAAUGCGGAAUGCCUUACGUAUAUGCUGCCUUACCUAUUGAGGGAUGGGAGAUAUUACGGGAAGAAUCCGGUAUAUGAAAUUGACUGA